AUGGAUAGCAAUAUUAAUGAUCGGGAGCAAGAGAUGUCAGAUUCUGAAGGGGAGUAUCACCGAGAAGAGAUAAUAGUACAAGCUGAAAUAGAAGAGAAUACAUUAAGACCAGAGAAGCGAGACCGAAGUGAUGAAGAGGAAGAAUGGAAUUUAGUAAAUAGAAAGGAGAAGAAAUUAAAAAUGCAGAAGGAGAAAAUCGAGAUAUAUUUAUCAAGCCAGGAAAGAAUGCCUAAACAAUUUGCGUUAGCCAAAUUGUUUAAAAUGAGUGGUAUAGUGGAUAUAGACAGAGUAAAAUAUAUAAAUUCCUUUAAAGUGCGCAUCGAGGUAGACAAUGAGUUUAGCGCAAAUAAAAUUGAGAAAUGUCAAGCAUUUAUAGACAGGAACUGGAACAUACAGAGGGCUAUGGAAAGAAGCUCAUCCUAUGGGGUAAUUAGGGAUGUGGAUUUAGAUCUGUCGGAUGAAGAUAUAUUAAAAUGUAUAUCCUGUAAGAAGCCAGCUGAAAUAAUAUCUGUAUAUCGGCUAAAACGCCGUGACCCGGAAGGAAUAGGCUGGCAGCCGAGUGAAGCCGUCCAGGUUUGUUUCAAAGGUUCCUUUAUACCACAAUAUGUGUACGUAGAAGGUUUGCGUAUCAAGGUUACACCAUACUUGUUUCCGGUAUCGCAAUGCUCCAAAUGCUGGAAAUAUGGUCACUUGUACAAGAAAUGUCCUUCUAGUAAAGUAGUUUGCCCGAAAUGUGGUGGACCCCACGAGAACUGUGAAACAGAAACCUUUAGGUGUGUCAACUGCAGCGGUAAACAUAUGGCAUUGGCUAAAAAAUCUUGUCCAGUAUUUUUAAAAGAAAAAAAGAUAAGGGAGAUUAUGAACGAGUUCAACUGCACUUAUAGAAAGGCACUAUCGGUUUACGUUCCUCCGUCGCCAGUGAAUGUCGACAACAGCAGUGCUGAGAUGCAGUCGCACCCCAACACGCGUAUUGUUGAGAACACUAAAAUGGAAAUGGAUUAUGUUUUCAGUGAUUCCCCCGUUCAUAUUCCUACUUUUUCGGAAAUUGUCAAGGCAAAGACUUCGAUACCUGUUACAAAAAAGAAAGUCUCACCGGUCAAAUCUUCUGUCAAACAAAAUCGACUGAAUGAUGUGUGCGAAAUAGAUCAGAUUUCGACGACCACGACAGAGACGACUGGCCAGGAUAAGACGGAUAAAAUUCCCUCUCAGGAACAUAAAAAGAAGUCGAUCGCGAUGACGGUUAUGGUGGAGUUGCAGUUCUGGUACACAAAUCAAUUCAAUCUAGCCCGGUAA